GUCCUGGCUACUUAGGAUUCAUCCAUGGCAAUAAAAAGAUGGAGAAUGCAGGGAUAGGGGGUUUUAACAUCAUUUAAACUGACAUUACCAAAAAUCUUCCAUUAUCGCCGGCUUAUUUCCUAGGCAUUCUCAUAGCCUUGCAAAUACAAAGUUGUGCACGCUACAAAUUUUAAUCUGCAAUGUCAAACAUGAACAGGGGAGAAAAACUGCUUUUAAAUACACAAUUGCAACAAUGUGGUUUUUCAAACAUCAGUCAUGGAGACAAAAUGAUCUGUAAAUGAUGCAAUUAUUUAUUAGGUAUAAUUUAUCUGUGUCUAGGCUACAUAAGUAUCAAUGAGCUGUCCCACCGGAGUCAGUAAAUCUGUCAGAAGCAGUAAUGGUUAUGAAUGAUAUUAUUAAUCUCUCUACGUUUUAUGGCCUGCAGUUCCCACUUAUCUCUGCAAUUCUAUAAGGUAGCAUAUGUUUAUUUUCAAACACAUCAGUUUCCCUCACUGAAGGCUUAAAAAAAUAAAAUAAAAACAAUUCAGACGAAAAGGUAUUGGUUAUCUACGCUCUUUUUCUCUGCCACGUUGCCUUUUGCCAGUCUGUCAAACUGAGUAUCGUUUUUCAAAACACCACCUGACCACCAGCUCUGACCUCGAUUAGAUUACUUACACACCGUUACCGCUAAGCUUUAAAGUAAUGCUGUCCAGCGCUGCUGCAUUUACUCUCAGAGCUUCAUGAAAAAUACUGUUUCCGGGAUGCCUUCAGUACCUGGAGCCUUAAGAGGUGUACCUUAUGGGAAUUACAUUUGUCAUAUGUUUCAAGGAGGCUCAUGGGCAGACAGAUCUCCCCUUCACGAAGCUGCCUUUCAAGGGCGCCUCCUCUCAUUGAAAACCUUGAUAGCACAGGGGUUCAACGUGAACAUUGUUACAAUAGACCAUGUUUCUGCUCUUCACGAGGCUUGUUUGGGUGGCCACGUUGCUUGUGCAAAAGUGUUACUGGAACAUGGUGCUCGGGUGAAUGCAGUCACUUUAGAUGGGAUCACACCUCUGUUUAAUGCUUGCCGUUGUGGCAGUGCCCCUACCGUCGAUAUGCUGCUUGAAUUUGGUGCCCGGCCGCAACUGGAGAAUCAUUUUGCUUCCCCAAUUCAUGAAGCUGUCAAGAGAGGCCACAGGGAAUGUAUGGAAAUUCUUUUAGCCAAUGGCGUUGAUGUGGACCAAGAAAACCCACAGCAUGGAACAGUACUGUAUGUGGCCUGCGUGAAUCAAAGGACAGACUGUGUCAAGAAACUUUUAGAACUAGGAGCUAGUGUCAACCUGGGUAAGGGACUGGACACACCACUUCAUGCAGCUGCUAGAAAAUCCAGUGCAGAAAUUGUCAACUUGUUAACAGACUACGGGGCCAGCUUGAAAUGUAGAAAUUCUGAAUUAAAAUAUGCCCUUGAUCUUGCUGCACCUAAUAGCUCUGUUGAACGGGCGCUGUUGCUUCGGGAAGGCCCUCCUCGGCUGGCCCAACUGUGCCGAUUGUGUAUCCGAAAAUGCUUGGGCCGAUCAUGCCUUUAUUUAGUCCACAAACUACACUUACCUGAACGACUUGAAGAUUUUCUUUUGUUCCGAUAACCUUACAGUUCUUUGUAGGCUAACAGAAUCAACGAAAAAGACUGUUUACUCUUAAUAUAAUAAAAACCAGGGUGAAAAUUAACAAAGGCACAUGGGGUUUAAAACCAUAAUGUAGCAAGCUUGAAAAGAGCAUCUGUGCAUUAUUUUCUGUGCAAAGCUUGUUCUGGAGGUUGAAAGUUUGCUUGUCAAAUGCUUAGCCAAAAUGAAGCGGUUUCUAUGUAAUCACAGCAAAAUGGACUCUAGGGCAGUGUUUCCCAACCGGUGUUCCGCGGCACACUAGUGU